AUGACGAAAGUAAAAUUUCAAGAAAUUGAUAUUUUUGAAGCUGAGUAUGAAUAUGCAAACGAGGCAGCAUAUUCUUGCUUAUUCAGUUCAUCCUGCGAGUUCAAAGAUACGGGAGAACUUCAAGAUAAAAUCCCUCAAAUAGAAAAUGAUGGCAUCGAGAUUCCAUCCCAAGGAGCGGAGGUUGCCGGGCAAUCCAAUGAAGACGCACACGAAUCAAUUCGUCGAAGAAUGGGAGACUUGGCCUGUAAUAAAGCAGGGACGCAAGGUAUAGAUGCCGAAAAGGUUAAUCAAAUUAUAUAUGAGGCGACCAAGGGUACACCAUUUUUUGAAAAUGAAGCUAGGAAAGAUGCCGCUGUUAGUGUUCGAAUUGGAAGGUUAAAGGACAGAUAUGAGGCUCUCAAAAAAAAGGAUUUAUCGACGUUCUCAUUCGCCGUAGACAAUAUGAUCUAUAAAUAUGAAAGGGAAAGAGAUUUGUCUCACACAAUUGUUCAUGUGGAUAUGGAUGCUUUCUAUGCGUCAGUUGAAGAGCGUGACUAUCCUGAAUUAAAAAAUGUUCCUAUUGCUGUUGGGGAUAACAUGAUGCUGAGUACAUCAAGUUAUGAAGCACGCAAGUAUACCGCUGUCUCAAACAAAAUACGUGAGAUUUUCGCUCGUUAUGAUCCCAAUUUUUCGCCGGUAAGCUUGGACGAGGCUUAUUUGGAUGUCACAAGCUACAUUCAAAAUAACAACAAAUCACCGGAAGAAAUAAGUCAACAAAUUAGAAAUGAUAUAUUUGUCGAGACAAAACUAACGGCUAGCGCAGGCAUUGGAGCAAAUAUGUUAUUAGCUAAGAUAAUGGAAUCCGAGACGCCCGUAGAUUUAAGGUUGAUGGGAAUUCGACUGACCAAACUGCGUCCUCGUGACAUAGAAAUGAAAUGUGGAGUAAAAAGGUACUUUCCUGUAAUGGGAAAUGGAGUUUACAAAAAGAUUCGUUCGGAGCAAUCCGGCGGUGAAGAGUCGGCAAAUAAUGUAGAAUCGCCUAACGUCGUUAAAAACAUCACCUCUACUUCGAAUUCUAAGUCUAAAUGGCAUGAAGUUCCCGCUAUCGCUCGGUUUUUUAAGUGUCCAAACUGCGAACGACAAUAUAUCAACGAGAAAAUCGUCCACGUCAAUGACCACUUGGAUCAAUGUCCAAUACGAAGUACAAAUCCCGAGGACUUCAGAAACGAAUUAAUUCUGAAGACAAAUGUUAACCCAACCUUCGGAGGCGAUAUAACCCCGGACACCAUUGAUUGUUUCUGCUCUAGGAAUGAAAAAUUUGACGGCGUCGCUUAUAACCGAAGUGACGGAAGGGUUGAUCGCACAUUGAUAGAAAUUUCUGAUGGGAAUGAUCAGCAGCCUUGGAAAGAAAUAACCAAUCAUCCAAACGUCAACCAUGCAGACGUCGGUCAAAAUGAUCAAAGCCUAGGGAAUUUUUUGGAUACCGAAAAUAUCCCUGAAGGUCAAAAGUUGGGGUUUUGGGAGUGCCCAAUUUGUCAAAAAGUCUUCAAAAAACCUACAUACAUGCGAAUAAACUCUCAUGUGGACGUGUGUUUGAGGAAGGGAGUCUUAUUAAGAAAUCGAAGGUAA